CUCCUCUCCUCUCCUCUCCUCUCCUCCAGGUCUGAUGAUCCCAGUGUUCUGUGUGGUAGAGCAGGCAGGGCCUGACGGAGGGAUGCAGCGUGAACGAGAGCGUGAGGAGGUGGAGAGGAAGGAGGGACACAGAGAGGAGCAUGCUGAGUUUGUCCUGGUCAGGAAAGAUAUCCUCUUCAACCAGCUGGUGGAGACAGCCCUGCUGGCCCUGGGGUACUCCCACAGCUCAGCAGCUCAGGCCCAUGGCAUCAUCAAGGUGGGUCAUUGGAACCCUCUGCCCAUCCACUUCCUAUCAGAUGCUCCUGAAGCCACGGUGGCUGAUAUGUUGCUGGAUGUCUAUCACAUGGUCACCCUCCGCAUUCAGCUACAGAGCUUUGCCAAGCUGGAGGACCUUCCGUCAGAGCAGUGGAACCACGCCACGGUGAGGAACGCCCUCAAGGAGCUUCUCAAGGAGAUGAACCAAAGCACACUGGCCAAGGAGUGCCCCCUCUCACAGAGUAUGAUUUCCUCAAUAGUAAACAGCUCCUACUAUGCCAAUGUCUCCACUGCCAAAUGCCAGGAAUUUGGACGCUGGUACAAGAAGUACAAGAAAAUCAAAGGAGAUUAUCUGGAGAAGAUGUGGCCAGGAAGAGAUCAUUCAGAAAUCAAAGUGGAGAGAGACAGCCUGGCAGACUUCUGUGUCAUGGGCCAUCGUCCCCCUCCCCACCUGGCCAGCCUGGCCCAGCUCAGCCACCUUGGAGGGGGUGGAGGUACCCUCCUCAAGGGUGGAUCUGGAGACCCCCACAACCCCUCCCAACCCCCCCAACAACAACCCCAACAACAACACCCCCCCUCGCCCCACGGCCAGCUCCACCACAGCCCCCCUCUGCGUGGCCAGAUCCCUCCUCCCGGCCCUCCAGCCUCCCUUCAGCCUCUCCUUGGCCCAGGCGGGCUUCUCUCCCCCCAGCUUAGCCCUCAGCUUGUCCGACAGCAGCUAGCCAUGGCUCACCUCAUCAACCAGCAGCUCGCUGUUAACCGCCUGCUAGCCCACCAGCACCCACAGGCCCUCAACCAGCAGUUCCUCAACCACCCUCCCAUCCCUCGGCCCUCCAAGGCAGGGGGCCCUGGGGACCCCGGGAACAACCCGUCUGCUGCGGAAGUCUCCACUGAUAUCUACCAGCACGUCAGGGACGAACUGAAGAGAGCUAGCGUCUCACAGGCUGUGUUCGCUCGCGUGGCCUUCAACAGAACACAGGGCCUGCUGUCGGAGAUCCUGCGGAAGGAGGAGGACCCUCGCUCUGCCUCUCAGUCCCUGCUGGUCAACCUCAAAGCCAUGCAGAACUUCCUCAACCUCCCUGAGGGGGAGAGAGACCGUAUUUACCAGGAGGAGCGUGAGCGCAGCAUGAACCCCCCUGUCGGCCUGCCCCCUACCCCUAGCUCCAGCCCCGGGGGCCCCCGCCUCUCACAGGACGUAUUUAGACCGACCAUCACUAACCAUGUCCCAUGCCACCUCAUGCAGAAGGUGUGGGAGAGAGGUCUGGAUGAACAGCUCACUCCUGACGCCUGGGCUUCUAUCUGGAAGAAUAAGACUAAAAUCUCCAACUCGCCCAAGCCGCCAUGCCUCAACCCAGACCUGCCCCUGAAGCUGGAGUCUCUGGUCAACAUCACGUCAGGUAUCUAUGAUGAGAUCCAGCAGGAGAUGAAGAGGGCGAAGGUGUCUCAGGCGCUGUUCGCCAAGGUGGCUGCCAACAAGAGCCAGGGCUGGCUGUGUGAGUUGCUGCGGUGGAAGGAGAACCCUAGCCCAGAGAACCGUACUCUGUGGGAGAAUCUGUGUACCAUCCGGAGGUUCCUGACCCUGCUCCAGACAGACAGAGACCUGGUGUAUGAAGAGGAGUCCAGGCACCACCACAGUGAGAGGCUGCAUACUGUACUACACCUGCCCCAAGAACCACAGCUGUACCUGCUUUCUCACCAGGCACUGCACAGACAACCCCCACAACCCCUGAAGGACCACUCCCCGAUGCGCGAGGACCCCAUGCCCCUCCAGGGUAACGAUGAAGAGUCCCCGAAUGUUGAAAGAGUCAGUUCAGGAGUCGGUGGUGGCGUGGUCAUUAAGAAGCCUCGGUCGCGCACUAAGAUCUCUCUAGAAGCCCUGGGCAUCCUGCAGAGCUUCAUCCAGGACGUGGGUCUUUACCCGGACCAAGAGGCCAUCCACACUCUGUCAGCCCAGCUGGACCUGCCCAAGCACACCAUCAUCAAGUUUUUCCAGAACCAGCGCUACCACGUCAAGCAUCACGGCCGGCUGAAGGAGCUGGGGGAGGGGGGCGGUGGUGUGGACGUCAGCGAAUACAGAGACGAGGAGCUCCUCUCCAGCUCAGAGGACCCUGAGUCCAGCGAAGACGGUCAUGAGGAGAUGUACCCCACUACAGAGAGGGAAAGAAGGGGAAGCAACCCAGCAGGGUCAGCCCCUGCCCUGGCACCAGCCCAGCCUUCAGGGACCAGCAUGGGGGCCAUGGAGGAGGGCAAGGACAAGGGGCAUUCUCAUGGUCUGAGUGGGGGCCGAGCCAGCUCCCUGCCCCCUGGUAGCUCCUCAUCCAGCCCCAGAGAGCAGGCUGACUUCCAGAGAUAGAGACCCAGAGACCAGAGGAGAUGCAGAAAGAGAGCGAGACCCAGACAGACAGACAGACAGACAGUCAGACAGACAGACAGACAGGCAGGCAGGCAGGCAGGCAGGCAGGCAGGCAGGCAGGCAGGCAGGCAGGCAGACAGACAGACAGACAGACAGACAGACAGACAGACAGACAGACAGACAGACAGACAGACAGACAGACAGACAGACAGACAGACAGACAGACAGACAGACAGACAGACAGACAGACAGACAGACAGACAGACAGACAGACAGACAGACAGACAGACAGACAGACAGACAGACAGACAGACAGACAGACAGGAAGAGAACAGGAACUAAAGACUGGUAGAGGGGAAGAAGGGCAUCUAUGAGACAAUGACACACUGAUACAUGCACAAACACACACACACACCCACACACAUAUAUAUAUAUAUAUAUAUAUAUAUAUAUAUAUAUAUAUAUAUAUAUACACAGAAAUGCAGACAUAUGGGGUCCAACGGAGGCUUCAUCAAAGAGUGAUUUAAGUGAAAAUACAAUAUGUUACCUCAGCAACAUGAAGCAGGGAAAUGCCAUGAAACAGCUGUCAUGUGUUACAGUUAGAAUAGCCUGUUCAGUAAUGUUGAGCCACUAGACAGAGAGAAAAACAAACAUACACACACAUCCCACCCCUGGCCACAACAGGAACUUGCCACAUCAACACCACUUUUGAAUUGAGCCAAUUCCAAAACUCAGCUUCACCCAAGAGGGUGGGCUCUCAUCUGCUCUGUCCAAUGACUGCUCUCUCUAAUGUCUCAACCACACCCACAUAGAGAACACUUGUCCUUAUUUCGAUGUUGGGUCUUGGGUCAGGCCCCUAACUGACACUCAUAGACCGAAUACUGGGGGCCUGCUCAGACCUCUACUAUCCCAUGAUCCCUUGGUUCCAUAUGCAGACUCCAGAUGUACAGCUCAUCACUAGCUGGCUAAGGAGUUUUUAGGGCGGCUGUGGCUUUCCAUCACCUCCUCCCCCUCUCCACCCCUCCAUGACAGGACUCCUCUAGUCUUUGGUCUUUGACAGUGGUGGCAGGUUGUGUGGGUGGGUGGCUGCAUGGCAGGUGGGUUUUGGGUGGAGGUAAGAACAGUGGUAUGGGAGAAUUCACCAAUGAUAAACAAAUAUGGUUUGUCAAAGUCCACAAUUGAGCUUUAUGGUCUUUUUAAAGUUGGAAUCGCCACUCCUAACCAACCCACUCCUGUCGCCAUCCCUCAAUGGAGCAACCACACCCUACCUAACUCCCUACCCCCUACGUCCAAUAUGGAUUAUUCUCAUCUCUCCAGUACUUAUCCCACACUAACAACGUUUGUAUGUCCACCACAGUCUCUCCCUAUCUCCUCCAGUCAUGCCUCAGCCCAGUCUCCCCCUCUUUACUCCUUUGUGGGUACUGUGGUUUACAAGGACACUAGUAGGUAAACCUAUCGUGGUUUAUGCGGACAUAAGAGAGACAGAGGACAGCCUUGUGAGGACAUGAAGACCCAGCGGUGUGAAAGGACACUCAAGGCUACAGUUACUCUGGACUGUACCCCUGCCUACCCCCCCCCCCCCCCCCCCCCCCUCAACCUAUGUGGAGAGAAACAGGGAGGGACACAACAGAACGGAGAUUCAGCAACCAAACAAUCAGUCACUUUAUGUGCGGUAGCCCACCACUUCACUCUUCCUCUCUCGUUCCCCGUCCCUCGUCCCUUCCCUCUUUCUCUCUCUCUAUAAUUGGUGCCUACAGUGUGCCGUUCCACCACACCUACCCGCACUUAACUCCUCCACCCUAUUUAUUGCUAUCUUUAUCCAUGAUUAUUAUUAUCAUUAUUGUUAUUAUUGUUGUUAUUACGGUUGUUAUUGCUGUCAUCGCUGUUUAUUUUUGGUUCUAUUUUCAUGGCUUUAAUAUUGGCUUUCCGAGCACUGUGGUUGUUUUGGUAACGAGAGACGUUUUUGAGACAUGAGAAACACACACUGCCAAAAGAAGAAAGUGUCCUGUUAUGUAAAAACUUAGAUGAAUUUUUCCAAAGAAGAAAGACUUGGGCAGAAACGGGAGUCAAAUCCAAAAAUGAAACGAAACAACGAAUAAACUGUGCUUUUGCUGCAGAUGGUGACAAUCUAACUUCUUUGAGCUAUUGGAAAACAUGGCAGGCUUGUUUGUUAAACCCAUAUCUGAAUGUGGGUACUUGUGUCAAAGUAUGCAUCCCAAAAGGCACCCUAUUCCCAAUGUACAUGAAGUGCACUACUUUUGACCAGACCCUGGAAAAAAACGUAGUGCACUAUAUGGAGAAUAGGGUGCCAUGUGGGACACAGUCAAAGUUACAGAGGAACCAUGAGGUAUCUGGCUGUCUAGGCAGCUGCUACUGAGAUGACAUGCCUUGUACUCUUAUCAAUCAUCAAUACAUUGUGUUUUAUCUCUAUGA